AUGGGCGAGAAGGCAGCGCUGUGCCUCACGGGGCAUCUCCGCAGCGCCGCCCGCGAUGCCGCGCGGCUCUUUGUGGAGCCGCUGCGCCACGUGGUGCUCGGUCCCCUCAGACGUGCCGGAUACGAUGUGGACGUUUUUGCUGUGACAGACGCCGGCGAGGACGACUGCGAGCAGACCCGGACGAUGUUGCGGCCUUUGAAUCUGCAAGCCCUGCACUGCGUGCCCGCGGUGGAUGUUGAGGACGUGCGAAGGAGAGAGGAGCGGUGGCUCUCCAAGGGCCCUCACACCGUGUGGGACCGGCAAGCCUUCCUGGGCCAGCUGAAGAAGGUGCGGGUCUGUGAUGAGCUCCUGGAACAGUCUGAGCAGCCCUACCGCCUGGUGGCGCGCUCGCGGAUGGAUGCACGCUGGCACCGAUUCCCUGAGGAUGCGCGCCAGUUGGAAGUGCCUGGUGUCAUAUGGCUACCCCUCCGCUCUGUAGAGAGCACCGCGCAGUAUAUGAGCGACCAGUUUGCCAUCGGGAGGUAUCCUGAGAUGCGCGCCUACUUGCGCGUCUAUGAUGAAGCACUGGAUCGAGGGCAAUGGAAGCUGUACCGCUCCUUCGAGUCGACCCCCGAUGGCCUCGACACCGAGGAGCUCUGGCAGGUGAGCCUUUUGAAAGCGGGGGUCAUCGCCCGGCAGCACCGGGAGAUUUGCUUCAACCUGUUGGCCAAAAAGUCUUCGGAUCCUUGGCAAGAGCGGGAGGACAACUGCCGACACCCGGAGCUGCACCGAAAUGGCUACAUCACUGAUACCGCAUGGUACAGGGUGCCCCUGGCCACUUUGCCUGGCAUGUUCUCCUUCGACGUGCUCUUCACCAUGCGGCUGCUGCACCUGUUCUUCGCGGAGUGGACUCGUAUCGGCCGGCCGGCAAAGGUGCUCGAUUUGGGCUGCGGCCGCGCGACGAUGAUCGAGCGCUGGCUCAAGUUCCAUCCGGCCAGCAUUGCUGGCGUUGACAUGUUGCCAGGGCUGCGGAAAGUCCUGGGCCACGACCUCUUGGAGUUGGACCUAUCGCAGCGACUGGAGCUCAGGGACUUCACCAGCACAAGGACCUGCAAGUUUGUGGAUGGCUUAGUCUCCUUGCGGCGCGUGCUGGCUGCCGCAGAAGCCGUCGGUAUGACGACGGAGGAGGCAUUUCAGAGAAAAUCUUGA